UCCGGGCGGCGGCGGUCGGGGGCGCGAUCCAGGCGCCUUCGGCAGGGGGUGGGGGGGCGCGCCUCGCUGGGCUGCGGAGGCUGCGGGGCCACAGCUCCAGAUGCGGACGCCAUGGAGCUGAGCUGCACUGAAGUACCUCUUUACGGGCAGAUGACAGUCUAUGCGAAGUUUGGCAAAAACGUUUAUCUUCCUAAAGAUGCCGAGUUCUACUUUAUUUAUAACGGAUCUCAUCAGAGACACAUCGUGAUUGCAGAGCCCACGGAGGAUAAUGUUCUCCAAUCCAGCAUUCCAGGCCACGGGCUUCAGGAGACGGUGACGGUGUCUGUGUGCCUCUGCUCGGAAGGUUACUCCCCGGUGACCGUGGGCUCUGGCUCGGUGACCUACGUGGACAACAUGGCCUGCAGGCUGGCCCGUUUGCUGGUCACCCAGGCCCAUCGCCUCACAGCUGCUAGCCAUCAGACCCUGCUGACCCCGUUUGCCCUGACGGUGGGAGCAUUGCCUGCCCUGGACGAGGAGCUCGUGUUGGCUCUGACCCAUCUGGAGUUGCCUCUUGGGUGGACUGUCUUGGGCAAUUCUUCACUUGAAGUUUUUCUACACAGAGAGUCUCUCCUACAUCUGGCUGUGAGAUGGGGUCUGGCUAAGCUUUCCCAGUUCCUCUUGUGUCUCCCCGGGGGAGUCCAGGCCUUGGCUUUACCCAAUGAAGAGGGUGCCACGCCGUUAGACUUAGCUUUACGUGGCGGACACUCGAAGCUGGUUGAAGACAUCACAAAUUUCCAGGGCAGACGUUCCCCGGGCUUCUCCCGCGUGCAGCUCAGCGAAGACGCUGCCCUGCGGUACGUUCACUCAUCAGAGACCCUGACCCUGACGCUUCACCACACAGCCGAGCACUUGCUGGAGGCAGACAUUAAACUCUUCAGGAAAUAUUUUUGGGAUAGAGCCUUUCUCAUGAAGGCUCUUGAAGAGCAAGAAGCCAGGCCAGAGGAAAGAUUGGAUAUGCCCUCCAGUGCUGCAGAAACUGAAGAAGAGGUUGAGGAUUUGGUGUCCGGCAGAUCAUCACCUGAGGAGGAGGAUGUAAAGUGUGCGAAAAGCGUGGUGGUUCAGCUGAGGGAACAUGAAGACCAGGACAGUCUAGAUUUGGAUCGCUCCUUUGAUGUCAUUAAGUCCAGGCACCCCGCGCCCUUCCUUGCUGCAGGCCGGCUGUCCGACAUGCUGAACGGGGGCCAUGAAGUCUACGCCAACUGUAUGGUGACAGAUCAGGUUGGUGAUUUGGCUAUUAACUACAUUAAUAUAGAAGGAAUCACUACAAAUACCCACCCUGAACCCGUGGGUUCUGCUCUGGGGCCUCAGAGCGGCAAGCACAUCCUUCCUACUGGAGCCGGCGCUGGCAUGUACCCGCUCAGUGAGAGCAAGGAGGUGACAUGGAGUCCUGAAGCCCGACAGUCCUUCAGGUCACCAGCUAGUUCAUAUGCUUCCAAUUUGAAUCUUUCUUUUGGUCUUCAUGAAUUUGAAAAGGAACAAAGUUGUCUAAAGAAAAGAAGUUCUAGCCUCGAUGCCCUGGAUGCAGACAGUGAAGGGGAAGGGCUGUCUGAGCAGUCCCAUCUCUGUUACGCUCCAGUGUCUCCGAGUUCCUCGAGAACUGGGAUUCCUAGUGGGGAUGAACUGGACUCUUUUGAGACCACCGCUGAACCAGAUUUUAAUAUCUCCAGGACUGAGUCACUUUCUUUGUCAAGUAACCUGCAGUCAAAGGAAUCGUUGCUUUCUGGAAUCCGCUCACGUUCUUAUUCCUGCUCUUCACCCAAAAUUUCUUUAGGAAAAACUCAGUUGGUGCGUGAUUUUACUGUGUGUAAUUCAAGUGAAGAGCAAAGAGCUUACAGCUUACCGGAGCCACCAAGAGAAAAAAGAACUCAGGAAGAAGAAUGGGAUAAGUACAUCAUACCUGCCAAAUCGGAGUCUGAAAAAUACAAAGUGAGCCGAACUUUCAGCUUCCUCAUGAACAGGAUGACUAAUCCUCGGAAUAAAUCUAAGACAAAAAGCAAGGAUGCCAAAGACAAAGAGAAACUGAGUCGACAUCACUUUGUCCCUGGAACAUUCUCUGGGGUUCUGCAGUGUUCGGUGUGUGAUAAAACGCUCCUGGGGAAGGAGUCAUUCCAGUGUUCCAACUGUAAUGUGAAUGUACAUAAGGGAUGUAAAGACGCUGCGCCUCCGUGUACCAAGAAAUACCAAGAGAAAUACAACAAGAACAAACCGCAGACCAUCCUUGGAAAUUCUUCAUUUAGAGACGUCCCACUGCCUGCUCCCUCCUUGCACCCCUCUUCCUCCAUGCCCGUUGGAUUGCCGCCCGGGAGGAGAGAAGCUGCAGGGCAGGGCCCUCCGCUGUCCAGGAGCGUUCCGAGCACCACCUUGGAAAGCUUCAGGAGGUCCGGGACGUCGCUGGAGUCAGAGAGUGACGGCAACACCUGGAGAAGCAGGUCUCACUCUGAUGAGCUGUCACAGUCCAUGGGCUCUUCUCCCUCCUCGGAGUCUUUCCUAAUGGAAGACGUCGUGGAUUCGUCUCUGUGGAGUGACCUCAGCAGUGAUGCCCAGGAGUUCGAGGCAGAAUCCUGGAGUCUUGUGGUGGACCCCUUGUUCUGUAGCAGGCAGGAGAAGGAUGUCAUCAAAAGACAGGAUGUCAUUUUUGAGCUGAUGCAGACGGAAAUGCAUCACAUCCAGACCCUGUUCAUCAUGUCGGAGAUCUUCAGGAAAGGGAUGAAGGAGGAGCUGCAGCUUGACCACAGCACUGUGGAUAAGAUCUUCCCCUGUCUGGACGAGUUGCUGGAAAUCCACAGGCAUUUCUUCUACAGUAUGAAGGAGCGAAGGCAGGAAUCCUGUGAUGGCGAUGACAGGAAUUUCAUCAUCAACCGAAUUGGAGACAUUCUAGUACAACAGUUUUCAGAAGAAAAUGCAGAUAAAAUGAAGAAAAUAUAUGGAGAAUUCUGUAGCCAUCACAAAGAAGCUGUUAGACUCUUUAAAGAACUCCAGCAGAAUAAGAAGUUUCAGAAUUUUAUUAAGCUCCGAAAUAGUAAUCUUUUGGCUCGGCGCCGAGGAAUUCCAGAAUGCAUUCUCCUGGUCACUCAGCGCAUUACAAAAUACCCUGUCUUGGUGGAAAGGAUAUUGCAGUACACAAAGGAAAGAACUGAAGAACAUCAAGACUUAUGCAAAGCCCUUUGCUUAAUUAAAGACAUGAUUGCAGCAGUGGAUUUAAAAGUCAGCGAAUAUGAGAAAAACCAAAAAUGGCUUGAGAUCCUAAGUAAGAUCGAAAACAAAACGUACACAAAGCUCAAGAACGGUCAUGUGUUUCGGAAGCAGGCGCUACUGAGCGAGGAAAGGACGCUGCUCCACGACGGCCUCGUGUACUGGAAAACAGCCACCGGCCGCUUCAAAGAUAUCCUAGCUCUACUUCUAACUGAUGUGCUGCUGUUUUUACAAGAAAAAGACCAGAAAUACAUCUUUGCAUCUGUUGAUCAGAAGCCAUCGGUUAUUUCCCUUCAGAAACUUAUCGCUAGAGAAGUUGCGAAUGAGGAGAGAGGAAUGUUUCUGAUCAGUGCUUCAUCUGCUGGUCCUGAAAUGUAUGAAAUUCAUACCAAUUCCAAGGAGGAACGAAAUAACUGGAUGAGACGGAUCCAACAGGCAGUAGAAAGUUGCCCAGAGGAGGAAGGAGGAAGGACAAGCGACUCUGAUGAAGAGAAACGGAAAGCUGAAGCACGCGUGGCCAGGAUUCAGCACUGCCAAGAAAUACUCAGUAACCAAGACCAGCAAAUUUGCAUGUAUUUGGAGGAAAAGCUGAGUAUCUAUGCUGAACUUGGACAGCUGAGUGGAUUUGAGGACGUCCAUCUGGAGCCCCACCUCCUCAUUAAACCCGACCCCGGGGAGCCACCCCAGGCGGCCUCGUUACUGGCAGCAGCCCUGAAAGAAGCUGAGAGCCUACAGGUUGCAGUGAAGGCCUCACAGAUGGGCGAUGCAUGUCUGUCAUCCGAGGAGGGUUGUGGAGAAUCUGCCUUGACGGAUACGCUCAGUUCUCAGGAUGUGCCAGGACUGCCUACUGCUUCACUAGACGCAGAAGGGGCAGGAGGAAGAAACUGUUGGGACGUGGAUCCCGGGAUCCAGGGUGUGGGCACCGACGUGGCCGUCUCUGAUGCAGGGGAGAAGGUGGAAUAUAGAAACUUCCCAGGUUCUUCACACUCAGAGAUUAUACAAGCGAUACAGAAUUUAACCCGUCUUUUAUAUAGCCUUCAGGCCGCCCUGACCAUCCAGGACAGUCACAUUGAGAUCCACAAGCUGGUUCUCCAGCAGCAGGAGAGCCUGUCCCCCAGCCCCUCUUUCCAAGGCAGCCCCUUGCAGGACCAGGAGAAGCACCGCAGCUUGGAGAAGCCGCGUGAGGAGCUGGCCGACGUCCCCCAGCUCCAGCAUCAGCUGCAGCAGGACCAGCGGCGCUGGCAUCGCACGUGCGACCAGCAGCAGAGGGAGCAGGAGGCCAAGGCGUGCCGGCUGCAGGAGCGCGAGAGGGAGUGCCGGUCGCGGGAGGAGCUGCUGCUGCGGGGCCGCGGGGAGCUGGACCGGCAGCUCCGGGAGUACCGGCAGAGCCUGGAGCGGCUGCGGGCCGGCCAGCGCCUGGUGCAGCGGGAGCGGGAGCGGCUGCGGGCGCAGCGGAGCCUCCCCGCGGCGCUCGCUCCGGGGAGCGCGGAGGUAAUGGAAUUCAAUCAAUCUGAGAGCUUAUGUCAUGAAAAUUCAUUCUUCAUCAAUGAAACUUUAGUACAAAUGUCACUUAACACUUUCAACAAACCGACUCCAUCAGAUAUCCAUUGGGAUGCCACCUACCCCCCAAAUAUAUCUAACUCAGAUUCGGUAAGGACUAGAGAGAACCAAGUAGACCUCAAGACGGCCAUUUCUCAGUCCUCGGAUGUCAACCACGAACUGUGGAUAGCCGCUGUGUCCUCUCAUCAGAUGCCACCUCUCCACCAAAGCAGCAAGGAUUCUUGUAAAAAUGAUGUGGACAUCUCCCAGCUGGAGUCCCCACCCCCCCACGACUCAGAUCCACACAGCCCCCAGCUGCAGACGUUUAUAGCAGAAGCAAAGCUGAGUCUACAGACAGCAACCAGACACGACGGGGAAACUGGGGACAGAGCCGAAGAAAAUAUUGUUUACCUCUAAUUGUGGUGUUGUUAUUUUUCCAAACAAAACAAAACACUGGCAUUUUGGGGAGAAAUUUUUUUCCUUUCCUGAUGUGUGUGUGACUGUGUCCAAACUGCUUUAAGAGUAAUAUUUAAUAUUCUUGCGUGAAAUGAACUUCAUGCAAGUUCAUUUUGGGGGCGUGAGUCUGAUAGUUAAAUUAUUGAAAGCAGCUCUGUUUGUAUAAUCGUUAACUUAUCACACCUAGUUUCUGAUUUCUGGAGGAGAAAUUAACUUGAAUAAGCAGAAAUAUUUUGAAAUUUGGUAUGACUCUAGAGUAAAAUUCCAUCUUGUGUUUUCUAUGAAUCACCUGGUUUUUGAAAUGCCUUUUAAGAUCUAGAUGAAGCAAUUUGGAUGCAAAGAGUGAUGUUGAUGAUGGGCAAACUCUUGCAAUCACAGUAGCUGAUUACAGAAAGUGGCCUCAGUGCCCCAAAAGGUGAGGACGCCAGAAAGGCCUUUUCUUGGCUAGUUUUUUAAUGUGCUAAUUUCUCUUUCGGACAUUAAAGAGGUCGCUGCCAGUGGUGAUCUGUCACAGUCACCAUGCAGCCAACAGGGCCUAUCUGGACACCUGUUCUGACUGGGUGGCCACUCUGCUGUGGACACAGCCUGGACUCUUAGACCCGGGCCACCUGCUUUGUAGAUGCAAUUCUUGGUCCUAAUGCUGGUUGGCUUUCAAGCCCCAGUUCAGCAUCAUUCCACACGGCCCAGAGGCAGAGCCCCACCAGUCAAUCUUGAUGUAAACAGUGACGCUCGGUGAUGCCCUCGCUUCUCUCAGCUGGCCCCUUCUCUGCUGGCCCUG